GCCUUACUUCCGCUGGUGGGAAGCGGCGUUUCCGCGGAAUCAGGCCCGCGUCUGAGGGUACUGUGUAGUGUGCGGUGGGGCGGGCAGAGGCGCGUUAGACGUGGGCCUCCGGGGCGGAGGCUGGCCAGGAUGAGGGCCGUCUGCUCCGAGGCUGGGUGCGCGGUGCGUGAAGGGAAUCGGGUAGCAGGGGUGCGAGUGGGGGUGCGCACUUGGGCCAGUGUUGAGCGCGGAGGAGAGCGCAGCUAGGUCGCCCUCUGAGGUGGUUUUCCGGACGGCCCGCACCGCCUGAGCGGGGCACGGCUCAGGGAUUGGCGUUCAUUCAUUCUGUCGGUCUGCCUCUUGGUCUCCAAGGAGCCGACUCUUGAAGCUUCUGGUGUUCGAAGCUCUUGGAGCGAUCUCCGCACAGUUCUGACUGAACAGCGCCUGGCUGCUGAACCUCAUGAAGUCACCUGUGAAAUAAAGGGAUCGCCUAGGAUGGAACAGAAGUGGGACUUGUAAAAUGUUGCCCUGUAAAAAGAGAAGAGCCACAGUGACAGAGUCUGUGCAGCAGGGGGAUGACCAGGAAGGAGAUGAUUUGGACCUAGAGUCAGCUGUGAAGCCGGAGUCCGACCAGCUUAAAGACUUCGGGUCAGAGUCCCUGUCCUGGGGUCCAGGUCAUGAGAGUGCAGUGUGCCCCGAGCUGCAGUCCAUGCAUGAUGUAGAAAACCAGCUCAGCAUGGAGGAUCCGUCUCUAAGUUCUAAGAUGCUCACCCAGCAUGGAAACUUACCGGUUUUGGAAGCUAUUGACGUAGCCAUCCCUCAGGAAAUCGCCCUUCCAUCUUUGGAGUCUUCUCAUUCCCUUUCUGUACACAUCGAUAAAGGGAGACUCCCGGCCACGGGCUCAAAGAAAGCGAAGAAAACUGCCUUCCAGCCUGGGCUGAUGACCAGAGAAGACCGAGGGGAUCACCCUGUCAUAGUGGAACCUCCUUCAGGAGAGCCUGGUGAAGAAGUCAAGGCAGGAGGAGGUACCAAGAGGAAACGAGAUGGAAAGGACCAUGAAAAAGAGAUGGUGGCACAUGACCUGAAACUGGAUGACAUGCUCGAUCGUACCUUAGAGGAUGGUGCUAAGCAGUACAAUCUGACAGCAGUCAAUGUACGGAACAUCCUGCACGAAGUCAUCACAAAUGAACAUGUUGUAGCCAUGAUGAAAGCUGCCAUCAGUGAGACAGAAGACAUGCCAUUGUUCGAGCCUAAGAUGACGCGCUCUAAGCUGAAGGAAGUGGUGGAGAAAGGAGUGGUCAUUCCAACUUGGAAUAUCUCACCAAUUAAGAAAGCCAAUGAAAUUAAGCCUCCACAGUUUGUGGAUAUUCACCUUGAAGAAGAUGAUUCCUCAGAUGAAGAGUACCAGCCAGAUGAAGAAGAGGAAGAUGAGACGGCUGAAGAGAGCUUAUUGGAAAGUGAUGUUGAAAGCACUGCUUCGUCUCCACGUGGAGUGAAGAGAUCCAGACUGCGAGCGUCUUCUGAAGUGGCUGAGACAGACGAGGAGAGUGGCAUGUUGUCAGAGGUUGAGAAAGUCACCACACCUGCUGUGAGGCACAUCAGUGCUGAAGUAGUGCCCAUGGGGCCCCCACCGCCUCCAAAACCGAAGCAGACCAGGGAUAGUGCUUUCAUGGAGAAGUUAAAUGCAGUAGAUGAGGAGCUGGCUUCUAGUCCUGUCUGCAUGGAUUCUUUCCAGCCCAUGGAGGACAGUCUCAUUGCAUUCCGAACUCGGUCUAAGAUGCCCCUGAAAGAUGUUCCUCUGGGCCAACUAGAAGCUGAACUUCAGGCUCCAGAUAUCACCCCGGAUAUGUAUGACCCGAAUACAGCUGAUGAUGAGGACUGGAAGGUGUGGCUGGGGGGCCUCUUAAAUGAUGACGUGGAGAACGAGGAUGAAGCGGAUGAUGAUGAUGAUCCAGAAUAUAACUUCCUGGAAGAUCUUGAUGAACCAGACACAGAGGAUUUCCGUACUGACCGUGCAGUGAGAAUCACUAAAAAAGAAGUAAACGGGCUGAUGGAGGAGCUGUUUGAAACUUUCCAAGAUGAAAUGGAAGUCUCCAGUAUGGAAGAAGAUGGCCCUGAGGAAGAGGAGCGUGUUCCAGAGUCUCGGCCAGACUUCAACACCCCUCAAACCCUACGUUUUGAGGAACCAUUGGCCAACUUGCUAAAUGAACGACACCGGACAGUGAAAGAGCUGCUUGAACAACUGAAAAUGAAAAAAUCUUCCUCCAAACCACAGCCUGAAGUAGAGAGGCUUAAACCUCAGAAGGAGACAGUCCAUCAGGUGCUGAUUCUAGACGCAGCACAGAGGAGCAGGCUUCAGCAGCAGAUGCAGCAGCAUGUUCAGCUCUUGACACAAAUCUACCUUCUCACCACCUCCAACCCCAACCUCAGCUCCGAGGCCAGCACCACUAGAGUAUUUCUGAAAGAGCUGGGAACCUUUGCAGAGAACUCCAUCGCCCUUCACCAGCAGUUCAACCCCAAGUUUCAGACCUUGUUCCAACCCUGUAACUGGAUGGGAGCUAUGCAGCUCAUUGAAGACUUCACACAUGUCAGCGUUGACUGCAGUCCUCAUAAAACAGUCAAGAAGACUGCCAGUGAAUUUCCCUGUUUGCCAAAGCAAGUUGCUUGGAUCCUGGCCACAAACAAGGUUUUCAUGUAUCCAGAGCUUCUUCCAAUAUGUUCACUGAAGGCAAAUAAUCCUCGGGAUAAGAUCAUCUUUACCAAGGCUGAGGACAAUCUGUUAGCUUUAGGACUGAAGCACUUCGAAGGCACUGAGUUCCCUAAACCUCUAAUCAGCAAGUACCUUGUAACUUGUAAGACCGCUCACCAGCUGACGGUGAGGAUCAAGAACCUCAACCAGAACAGAGCUCCUAACAACGUGAUUAAAUUUUAUAAGAAGACCAAACAGCUGCCAGUUCUGGUGAGGUGCUGUGAAGAGAUACAGCCACAUCAGUGGAAGCCUCCCGUAGAGAAGGAGGAGCACCGGCUCCCAUUCUGGUUAAAGGCCAGUCUACAGUCCAUUCAGGAUGAACUUCGGAACACAGCUGAAGGCGUUGCAGACGGAGCAAAUGUGACCAGAGCCACAGAAGCUGGCACAGAUCAGCCCUUAGAGAAAGCCUGCCCAGAACUGGGGAGUGAAACUCGAUACCCACUGCUGAUGCCCAAGGGCGUAGUCCUCAAGUUGAAGCCAGAUUCCAAGCGUUUCACCAGAAAGGCUUUGCGAUUGAACCGGCCAUUGGUCCAGAAGCCCCUUCUUAUCCAACCCAGCCCCUGUGUUCAGCCUGGGUUCAACCCAGGCAAAAUAGCAACCUGGCCCAUUCAAUCAGAAGUCUUCCCAGGCAACAUAGUGGUCCAGAUUCCUCAUCUGAUCCAGCCAGCCACUGUCUUACAGCCACUUCCAGGUUUCCCUUCAGUGGCGGUCAGCGGAGAACAUAGUUUUGAGUCUUCCCCAGCCCUGCCUGCUGUGCCCUCUGGUCCUGAAGCCAGGACCGGCUUCCCCCUGUCUGAGUCUCAGUCACCACUGCCUUCUUCCUCUGCACCCAAGAUAAUGCUACCCUCACUUGCCCCUUCGAAAUUUCGAAAGCCAUAUGUGAGGCGGAAGCCUACAAGAAGAAAAGGAACCAAGCUUUCUCCCUGUGUGAAGCCUGCCCCCAUCAUCCACCCUACACCUGUCAUCUUCACUGUUCCUGCCGCCACAGUGAAGGUGGUAAGCCUACCCAGUGGAUGUAAUGUGAUCCAGCCUGUUAAUGCAGCUGUGGCCCCAAAUCCCCAGACCAUUCCCAUCACCACUCUCCUUGUUAAUCCUACUUCCUUCCCCUGUCCGUUAAACCAACCCCUCAUGGCUUCCUCCAUCUCCCCCUUAAUUGUUUCGAGCAAUCCUCUGACACUUCCUGUACCAUCUAUUCCUGAAGAUAAGGUCCAAGUGAACUUGGAUAUUUCUGAAGGGAAAAAUGCUCCUCAAAACCCCGACUCCACAUCAAAUUCCCAGGAACUAACGCCUCUCUGUGCUACUGUCUUCUCCAAAGAGGAUUCUAGGCCAUGGUGUUCUUCAUCAGGUGUGGAAAGCCAAGAAACAUCCUCAGAAUCGAGUGCCUGUGGCUGGACAGGUGUGAAAAAUGAAGAGGGUGGGCAAGCUUUAGAGCCAUUGCCUUUGACUCUCCAGUUAUCUCUGAACUCCACAUCAAAGGAUUUAGAAGAAAUGGUCAAGAUGGAAGCUGAGGAUUGUGUGGAGGAAAUGUCCAGUACCUUCCCCGAGCAGGACAUUGGUGAGAAAGUGAAAGAAGAAUACUCUAUGGAAUUAGACCGUGGCUCCCCUCAGGAGAAGCUGAGUAGUGCUAGAGAGCGGAGGAAAGAAACAGUCGUGCAGACAGAGGAGACUCGAGCAGCUUCGUCCCUUUCUGUGUCCCAAGAGCCGCCUGAGGAGGGGAGUCCAAGUGGAGAUGCAGGCAGAGGAGUGCCCAAAGGCCCUCGGUCCUCCAUGGAGCAGGAGAUGGUGCUCAGCAGGCCUCCAGGGAAGGCUGAGGACUCGGCCAUUGCUGACAGUCAGUGUGUAGGGACCCCGGCAGGACCAGACACUGGAGGAGAGAAAGACGGGCCUGAGGAAGAAGAGGAGGAGGACUUUGAUGACCUCACCCAAGAUGAAGAAGAUGAACUGUCAUCAGCUUCGGAGGAGUCUGUGCUUUCUGUCCCGGAGCUCCAGGAAACCAUGGAGAAACUGACUUGGCUGGCUUCUGAAAGGAGCAUGAGUCAGGAGGGUGAGUCUGAGGAAGAGAACUCCCAAGAGGAGAACUCUGAGCCAGAAGAAGAAGAGGAAGAGGAGGCCGAAGGGAUGGAAGCUUUGCAGAAGGAGGAUGAAGUGAAUGAUGAAGCAGUUGGAGAUGCUGCUGAGAAGCCCCCUUCUACCUUGGCGUCACCCAAGACUGCUCCAGAAGUAGAGAGCAGCAUAACCCCCGCAGGUGGGACUGUCCACAUGCAGAUAUGCCCACAUAUGAGCACCUGGCGUGAUGAUAUCAUCGUGCCAACCCCACCACAUACACACAGAACAAAUACAGGUGUACGUAACAGCCUUUGUGCCUUAAUGGACUUACGUGGACCUGUCUCAUGUAUAGAGAGCAGCAGUCACUGUGUUGAAAGUAGCUGUAUUGGAGGUAACACUAUACUUCGUGAAUUGUAAUUACUGGACAAAUGUAAAAUAAUGUAUCAUAUAAUCAUCAACUACUGAAUAAAAAUCUGUGCCAUGGGAACUUCA